AUGUACUACGCACGUACGUACGUACCUAAGUAUGGUACUACUUAAUUUGGGUACUGCUUAAUACGUAUAACGUACGUACAUACGUAAGUACCGUUUACUGAUGAUUGAAACUACUUCAAAUGUACCGGAAUUACUCGAGAUUAACAGCCCGUGCCAAGGGCAAGGAUUUCGCCCCAAACGAGCCGGCUUUUAGAAAGCCAGAAAUCAAAGCCUCACCAGUCUUUCAGUAUCCAGUUAGUGCUAGUGGUGACCGCAGAGUGUACGUCUGGGGUCUUGCAGCGCACGGAGGCCUGGGCAUUCUACCACGUCCAUCAAAGCAUAAGAAAUUUGUAUUUUUUCACAAACCCAGCAGACUUAGAUUUGCCGAAGAACAUAGCAUUGUAGAUAUUGCAUGCGGCUAUGGUUUCACAGUUUUUGGUGUUCAGUCCAGGGAUAAUAACAUAUUGUGGGGCACUGGAAUUAACACCGACUCACAGCUAGGGUCUGAUGAGACUGAAAGGACUCCUCAUGAGCUUCUGCUAGUCCCAAGGCCUAUACACCUUCCUUUGAAUAGCCCAACUGCCAAAAUCACUGCAUUAGCUGCUGGGCGAGCUCAUUUACUAGUUUUAACAACAGAAGGUCUUUUCACUCUUGGGAACAAUGGCUAUGGGCAAUGUGGGCGACCUAUAAUUGUUGGCGAAGAUUAUAGGAAUAAUAAAAUAAUUCAUCAUCUACCAGAUGUCGUAGGAGAACCUAUUGUCUCUGUUAUUGCUGGUCAAGAUCACAGUAUGCUUCUAACUGAGGCUGGUCGAGUUUACACAUUUGGAUGGGGUGCAGAUGGGCAAACCGGUCUUGCACAUUACAGGAACGAACAUAAACCAAGCUUAGUUAAAGGAGAUUUGGCUGGUCAACGCAUUACCAAAGUUGCUUGUGUUGCAGACUGUGUGUUGGCACUCAGUGAUGAAGGCAAAGUCUUUGGAUGGGGAAAUUCAGAAUAUGGACAAUUGCCAGGACUGUUGGAUUGUCACCAAAUAAACGUUGCGACAGAAAUCAAAGAGUGCCGUUCUUUGGGUCGUAUCAUCGAUAUUGCUGCAGGUGGAAGUUUUUGCAUGGCUUUAAACAAUGAAGGCAACGUAUUUGUUUGGGGCUAUGGAAUCCUCGGGCUUGGCCCAGCUGUACAACGAGCUAAACAGCCUACGAAAAUUCCUCCCACUUUGUUUGGUUUGAAUGCCUAUGACCAGAAAACCCAGGUCUCCAAAAUAUAUUGUGGUAUCAGUCAACUAGCUGCAGUAACGAACAAUGGAGAUCUUUACAUGUGGGGCUGCAAUAAAUUCGGAUCUUUGGGCCUCGGUCAUGAAAACGAUCAAUUUUUUCCUUUGAAAGUAGCAGUAGGCGCAGAGGUAAAAAAAGUUUGUUGUGGUGUCGACCACACAGUGACAUUGUGCAAACCGUAUGUAUAAUGAAUAUUUUUUUUCACACAUUCAUUGAGUCUCAUCAAAUAACAACUUCUGAGAUAAAUUAUUUCUAUUACUUUGUCGUAAUAUGACUAAGAUAAUAUUUUUCGUUCAAUUGGUGGAACUUUAGGUUCUAUUUUUUUUAAUAGAAGAACGAUUGAAAGACACGAUUGACGUGGAAAUCCCUCUUUUAUUUGCAUAAUUGUUUACUGAUUUGUACAGUAACACUUUAAUCGAUUAAAUCUAAUGUCUAGUAGAUAAGUAGAAUAAAAAAGGUUGAUCGAAAAUGAAAAA